AACUCCACAGAUACAAUGGAAACUCAAAAUGUAUUGAAAAUUUGUCCUCCAGAAGAUUCAAUGAAAGACUGCAAAACUGACAUAAAAUGUCCGAUUGUUAAUUGUGACAAAGUUGUUUUUUCUUCAGGAAGUCUUCGUAUGCAUUUAACACGAAGUCAUGGGGUAUCUGAGUCAGAAAGUGAUGAUGCAUUGAAACGAAGAAUUAAAGUUGAUCCUAAAGUUUACAAAGAAUAUCAUUGUCCACGGAAUGAUUGCCUUUAUAACAUAAGUUCAGAGAGACAUUUUACAAAUAUGGCUGGAUUAAAGCAGCAUUUUCUGAAAGUUCAUGCAGAGAAAAAGUUUAAAUGCAGUAAAUGUGACUAUGGCUUUGGUAUGGAGAAAGACAAGAGAAGACAUGAAAGCCAUUGUGGAAUGAAAUUUACAUGUACUUCAUGUCAGUGUACAUAUGUAUCUGUUGAGGCACUCCGUACACAUUGCAAUAGAACUCAACAUCCAAUACCUGAAAUGUAUACUAAAAGGGAAAAAGUGGACAAGAAGAAAACUAAAGAUAAGAACAAUAAUAAAACAACGUCUACCAACUGUUUAAAAGAUGGAAUCUCACAUCAAAAUAACAUGAGAAUACCUGUGAUAUUGUUGCCAGUACCAGUUACUAUGAUGAACCAGAUAAAUAAUCAAAAUAUUUCAACACCAACACAGGCAAAUAUCCAAGAAAAUAUCAGUACGAAUAAAGCUCAAGUAUCGGCAGUGCAUUUAUUAGACCAUGAUUACCUUCCAAACUCCAGCUCAGACUCAAACAAUCAAAAUCAAACUCAUGCCAAGAAAGAUACUGAAAGUUGGAACUUUAUAAACAAUGUUGGCAAAUAUAAUUUAGUUCCUUUGUUAAGCUCUGAAAUGCAAACGAUUUCAGUACCACGAAAAGAGCUACCAAUAAAAAGUAAGGAUACAACAACGAAUAUAGCACAAACACAGACAUUGGGUAAUUGUAUUUUGACCCAAGCAAUGACAAGUGCAAAUAUUCCUGUAAAAAGCUCAUCUGUUGGUACACAAAUAACACCAAAAGAGAAAUGUGCAGAAACACAAACCGGAAAGACUCCAAGAUGUAAAAGAGGUAACACUUCUCAUAAAAGCUCUUCCCCAAAGGAACGGAUAAAUAGUCGGAAGAAAUUAUACUGUAAAUCAGCUGAUGACUUGUCAACACAAAGGACUUCUAAGGGAAAACAAUCAAUAAAAGAGUAUUUUGUAAAUCCAACUAAUAGGGGCAACGUUUCAGACAAUAUCCAUUUUUCAAAUACUGGACUUUCAUCUGGUGAAUAUAUUUCAUAUAAUUCAAAUACCGGUAAUACAGUCUGUUCAUCAGUUCAGACAUUAAACCAGAUUGAGAUGGUAUCAACUGGUUCACAGUUUUCUGAUGUUCAAGGUAACCAGGUUGUAGAUUCCUAUUCUUCCACAACUGAAAAUAGAAUUUCAAUGUCUACAUCAAUAAGUGAUUUUGAUUUUAUGCAGACAAUUGGUGUUCAGACAUAUUCUAGUGAUUUCCAAGACUUUUUAUUGGCCCAAAAUGAUUCUGCUCCUAAUAUAGAUACAGGAACAAGCUCUAUUGGUAUCAAUACUGAAAAGUCACAUGUAAAUAAAUGUGUAGGUAAUGACCCCUCUUUUUCCAUUGAUUCACAUGUACAAACAGUAGAUUUUGACUUCUUAGCAAAUUCACCAGAUCCUCAACCAUCCACAGAAGCUAUACAUACUCAAACACAGACCAUUGACCUUGAUAUUGAAUCAAUCGAAUCUCUCGUUUCAAGUAUACAAACACAAACUUUUGAUUCAGAUGAAUCUUUAACUGAUGUGCAGACUCAGACUAAGAAAAGUUUAUCUGUUGAUACCCAAACAUUAUCUGAAACGUUAGACAGUAAUACAUUUGUUUCAUCCAGUAUGGAAACUCAGACGUAUGAUGAAUUUAUUGAACUUUUAUCAUCAGGUACACAAACACUUGAUUAUGGAUUCUUUCAAGAUGCACCUUUAUCUCUUAUUGACAUUGAAACUCAAACAGGAAUAGACAAAAACCCUCCAUUAAGUUUUGGGACACAAACUUCAGUCGUUGAAAAAGAAACCAAAUCAAAAGGUACACAUAUGGCAUUUGAUUUUGAAAUAGAUAAAGGUUCUCGUUUCUGUCAUGAUAAUUCAACAAGCAUGGAAGGUGAUGGAAACACCGAUAAUGGAAAUAAUAAUUAUCAAAGCGAACAGAUGGAAUUUUUAGUUUCUGAGGUUCUUGAGAUGAUACCUGUAGCUUCAGGAAGAUCGCAGAUAGACUCGAGAUCUUCAGCAAUCCAAGUAGAUAACGUAGAUAUUUUUACUCAAAACAAGUCUGGAAUAAAUCUUGAAAAUAUGGACAACCAUACUCAAACAAAUUUAUAUUUUAACAGUAACACUGAUAGUCAUACCCAGACAGCAUUAGGACUCGAUACUAGUAAUAUUGAAACCCAAACACAAAGUUUACAGGAGUUGACAAGUUCUGAAACUCAAACUGUUCUUCAAAGGGGAGGCAUGAACAUCGAUUUAACAGAUUCACAUACUCAAACAACUUGGAGAGAACUGAAUGAAUUACUAGCAGAACUAGAUCGUUGAAUACAUUUAGAAACACAAUUGUGGGGUAUUUCUAUGGGGUAAUGCAACUGCAUAAGUUGAAAAUUAUUUUUUUUUGUGGUUGGGGGAUAGGCUGCUUUUAAGCUUAUAUAUUAAUAUAUAUGUCUGCAUUCAUAUUCUUAGAUGACCAGGAAUCAAUUUUAGAUAAACAGAUAAUGCUUGAAUUUUUCAAUUAUUACUGUGUUUGGGUGCAACUGUCAAUAUUAAUACUGCUGAAGUCAAAUAUAUCUAUAAUAUUGAAUGCUUAAGUUAGAGGUGAUAUUUUCAGUUAAUAAAAAUUCACAAUGAUAA